AUGCUUUGCCACAUCCUGCCCUUCACUUUUAAUUCGUAGCUUGGGGCUUGGCUCGUCUAUCGGACUCUAAAUGGCAAGUGGUAGUUCUUCGGAAGAAGGAGCACGCCAGAACUCCGCCGACAAGGACAAGCUGAUCACCGUUCUGAGCAUCGAUGGCGGCGGCGUCAGAGGGAUCAUUCCAGCUACCAUCCUUGCCUUCCUUGGAGAGGAAUUCAAGAAACUGGAUGGGCCAGAAGCUAGGAUCGCAGACUACUUUGACGUCGUCGCCGGCACGAGCACCGGCGGCCUCUUGACGGUGAUGCUCACGGCGCCAGAUAAGAACGGGCGGCCCUUGUUCGAUGCCAAGGAGCUGGCUCAGUUCUACAUCGAUGAGUCACCGAAGAUCUUCCCACAGAAGAACUCAUUCUUCGGCAAGAUUGGCACAGCUCUGAGGAUGGUGCGCGGGCCCAAAUACAACGGCAAGUACCUCCAUGCGCUGCUUCGUCGGUACCUCGGCGAGACGAAGCUGGAUGGGACGCUGACCAAUGUGGUCAUCCCGACCUUCGAUAUCGCAUACCUGCAACCCACGAUUUUCUCAAGCUUUCAGUUGAAGCACUCGCCUGCGAAAAACGCACUCCUGUCGGACAUCGCGAUCAGCACCUCCGCCGCACCGACGUUCUUCCCGGCACACUACUUCGAGACCAAGGACGACAAAGGCGAGCCGAGGGCCUUCAACCUCGUCGACGGCGGCCUCGCCGCCAACAACCCUACGCUAUGCGCGAUGAGCCAAGUGUCCCAGGACAUCAUCGUGGGGGACGGUGAGUUCUUCGUGGAGAACCCGGUGGACUACGGCAAGUUCAUGGUCGUCUCCAUCGGCUGCGGGCUGAACCCGAAAGAGAGCUACAGCGCCAAGGACGCCGCCAAGUGGGGAAUCCUGAACUGGAUCGUCAAGGACGGCACCGCCCCCAUCGUCGACAUGUUCAACGCCGCCAGCGCCGACAUGGUGGACAUCCACCUCUCCGUCCUCUUCGGCGCCCUGCGCUCCUCCCACCGCUACCUGCGCAUCCAGUACGAUCAGCUGAGCGGGAGUGCGGGCUCCAUCGACGACUGCUCGAAGGAGAACAUGGACAGGCUGGUGCAGAUCGGGCACGAGCUCCUCAGGAAGAACGUGUCCCGGGUGGACCUGGAGACCGGCCGCAACGUGGAGAUGCCUGGCCAGGGCACCAACGCGGAGCAGCUCGCCAGGUUCGCAAAGCAGCUCUCCGACGAGCGCCGCCGCCGCAAAAAGGCGCUUCAGGUUAACUAGCAGCUGGCCGCCGGCUCGCUCUACUGUGUUGAAUCUUGCUCGUUUGGUGGAUGUUUUCCAUUCAGUUCUUUUUCUUGGUACAGCGAUGUACAGUAAUAUUGUACAGUUAUGUGAUAGUAUUGUGCCACGGUUGGAAAAUAAACUAAGGGUGUUCCUGUUUUGCUGGAGCGAGUGUUGAUCACAUUAUUUGCCUUGUUUCCCGACUAUCUUUCAGUCCAAUACUCCUUUGAGUCUAACACAGAUUCGAUUAGACGAAGCUAACGAACUCAUAGUCGUGUGCUUUGCCAACAAGAAACCUCGGUGCAACGACCCGGACAAGCAUGAUUUCAGCCGGAUUGGCUUAACUUGUAGGCUGAGGAGACUGACCAAUCACAUGGGCAGCAUGAGAUAAUGUUUGAGCCGUGCAUUGGUUUAACUUGCAGGCAGAGAACACCUGCUAUCCUAAUCCACUUCGCAUUUCAUAUUUCAGCCGUGUCUCUGGAGGAGCGCGUGCAUUGAUAAACAAAGGGAUAAGUAUAUUUUUCGUCCUCGAACUCUCUCCAAAGUAUAGAAAUCGUCCCUUAAUUCCAAAACCACCAAAACUCAGUCCCUCAACUAUUUAAACCGGAUAAUUUUCGUCCCUCAUAAUGCCGAAGGUGGUUUUGGUUCAACGUGAACAGUAACUUUGUGAAUAGUAAUUCGAAAAAAAUAGCAAAAAAAUCACAAAAAUCUGAGAUUUACGGCAUUCAAGAUACUCGGUUGGGCAAAGUGUGUGCAAAUUUUUGUGCAGUUUGGAAAAUCCAGAAGCUCGUGACAGAGAAAAAAGAAAAAAUGUACG